GAGGUGUGGGAGGUCGAUCCGGAGAAGGCUAGACCGGGGUAUGCGUUGCACGCGAUGGGAUAUCCGUUGGACUGGAAAUUAUACGGCGGAGGUUUCCUAUAUCACAUGGAAGAUAAUAUUGUUCAAGUAGGAUUUGUGGUGGCGCUAGAUUAUCAGAAUCCGUACCUCAAUCCUUACAAAGAGUUUCAGAAAUACAAACUUCAUCCGUUCAUCAAGAAGCACCUUGUAGGCGGAAAGCGUAUAUCGUAUGCUGCACGAGCGUUGAAUGAAGGUGGUUAUCAGUCAAUUCCAAAGUUGAUCUUUCCUGGCGGGGCUCUCAUCGGAUGUACCGCGGGAUUUUUAAAUGUCCCAAAGAUAAAGGGGACUCACACGGCAAUGAAAUCGGGGAUGAUUGCCGCGGAAGCGGCGUACGACGCGGUCACGUCCGAAAAUGCUUCGACCCGUCCUAUCAACUUGUCCGCGUAUGAAGAGUCUAUUGAAAAUUCAUGGGUUUACGAGGAGUUACGUGAAGGUCGUACGCCGUGGACAUUCAAACACCACGAGGAUUACGCUGCCACAAAGCCGGCAAAGGAGUGCAAGCCAAUCGAGUAUCCAAAGCCUGAUGGCGUGAUAACAUUCGAUCUUUUGGAUAGUGUUUCUCUCAGCGGCACGAACCAUGCUGAAAAUCAACCGGUGCAUUUGCGAUUAAGGGAUAAGAGCAUUCCUGUCGAAAGGAAUUUGAAAAUAUUUGAUGGUCCGGAGCAAAGAUUCUGUCCAGCCGGUGUCUACGAGUUUGUCGACGACGAAGUGAACGUAGGACAAAAACGUUUACAAAUCAACUCACAAAACUGCGUUCAUUGUAAAACCUGUGAUAUCAAGGACGUUUCCCAGAACAUCGAUUGGGUUACGCCCGAAGGAGGAAAUGGUCCAAAAUAUGUUCUCACCUGA